CAAUAUCAUGAGAAGCUUUGACAAGGUUUUAACAAGGUACAGGGUCCUGGCUGUUUACCAGCAUAUAACAGGACCGUCCUUGUUUUUAUAACAUGUCAUCUUCACUAGCCUUUCAGGCUCCCAGGGGAUUCACAGCUAUGUUGAGCCUCGAGAUCAUUGCUCUUGUCUUGCAAGCGUGUGUCUUCGCUAGUCCCUUGGCAGGACCCACCGUCACUCUUGAUUCCGCUGUAGUCACUGGAGUAACAUCAGGCAAUACUCAAGAAUUCCUGGGAAUACCCUUCGCUCAACCUCCGUACGAUGAUUUCAUCCCACUACUAUAAUAUUGACUAUGCUAACUUGUAGUACAGCACCGGUCCCCUUCGGUUCAAUCUUCCGCAGCCCGUUCCAUCUUACAAUGCAUCAUUCUCGGCCAC